AUGAAGAAGACUCGUAAGUUUGGCCGCUGGUCGGAGCUACCAAUGGACAUGUUGAGAUCUGUGUUGGAACUUCUGACUAUUAGGGAUUUCCACCGCACUAAGAUAGCGUGUUGGAAUUGGUACUUGUGUUCCAAGCAAAUAUUGCGGCCAAAAUACGGAUCUCCUUUGCUCAUGUUGUCUACAGAAGAGGGUCGUUGUCAUAUGUACAGCCCAGGCGAAGAUAGGGUUUACGAGACGAAGAGUGACUUUUCAGGGUAUCGAUUCCUUGGAAGCUCGGGUAGGUGGUUCCUGGCGGCAGAUUCUCGAUCGCAACUCUCUAUUAUAGAUGUGUUUAGCGACGAGAGGAUCGAUCUUCCACCUGUGGAGUCGAUCAAGGGUGAUCUGAGAGGGGUUUUGUGGGUAGACGAGAAGAAUGGAGACUACGUCGUUGUGUGGCAAUUUGGCAGUCACGAGUUUCUAGGGUUUUGCAAGAAAGGGGAUGAUCAUUACCGUGAGAUUACAACACAUAUCGGUGUUCCCGUGGAUUUAAAGGGCGUAUAUGAUAUGGUACUCAAAGGUUACAGUCUUUACGUCCUUACGGUCCAUAAGUACAUUCGACACCUGGAUUUGUCUGGACAAGAUGGUUUCAAGGAUGUGUCCGAGAACCAAAGAUUUCCAGUGAAGACUCGAGAUCUGUUUAGCGAAAACAUUGUUGUGAAAACAUCAGGAGAAGUUUUGUGUGUCCGUAGCAAAGUUCACGAGACGUCAAGCUUUACAAGGCGUAGGACGUUCCACGUCUACAACACGUAUCCAGAAGAUCGAGACCCGGGUACCUACUACUACGACGGCGACAUUGAGUUAAAAUCUCUACGUGGUGAGGCAUUGUUUUUGGAUUUGGGUAUCCCAGUGAAAGUGGCUCCUGACCAUUCCCUUGGUAUCGAGCCAAACUCCAUCUAUUUCAGCCGCGGUGACCGUUACUGUCACAAGAAAGUUUCAUGCCUCGACAUGUGUGUGUACAAUCUUGCAACAAAGACCAGCAAACCCUUCCCCGGUCUCUCCAACUUGAAAGUCAAGGAUGCUCUGUGGUUUCUCCCUCGGUGA